AUGGAUAUGGUCAAGAGAGUGAUUGUAGCGAUUGGACCACGCGCUGUUGGUAUACUGGCGACUGUACAACUGUUGACAAUACAUCAAGCGGCCAAUGAACAGGAGCGUGACACAGCGAGACUAAAGGAGAUUGUGCAGACAGAGGUGGAGUACCAGCGUCAGGAGCGCGAGACCAUCGCCAGACUGACCGCAGCACUCAAUGAUAAUGCAUUGGCGAUGACUAGACAGCGCCAGCUCAUCAGCGACCUGGCCAGCAUGCAUCUCAGUCUGCCACGCGCGAUCGAUGCAGACCGCGACACCAUCCAAAAGUUUGGCUCCCCACUGCCCACAUCGAACCGACAUCGUCAACUGAUGCACUAUGGCCUGCCAGGCAAUGCCAACAUCUGGUUCUACGACCAGUUCAUCGUCUCGCACAACUAUGAGCGCAAGAUACCCAACUGGGUCGUGCAGCGAUUCGACAAUGGCCCCGACAAGGAGAAGCUGAGCGAUCGAAAGAAGAGCAACUUCACAGGCAGGGUGCCUCACAUUGAUGAGCACUUUAGAGCAGACAACAAGGACUACCUGGGCAGCGGGUGGUCGCGCGGACACAUGGUUCCCGCAUCAGACAUGGCGCGUUACCCUCAAACAAACAUGGACCAGACAUUCUUGCUCAACUCAAACAUCGUGCCACAGAACAUGCAGAACAAUGGCAACUUUUGGACAUUUGUCAAGCACGAGGUGAUUGGAGACAACAACGUGGCGGUGCCAUCACAUUUGUUCAAGGUCAUACUGCUGGAGCAGAAGUCUGGCGAUGCACCCGCGCUGCUGGGUGCCUUUGUCAUCCCGAACGAGCCCAUCCCUUCAGACGCCGUGCUGACCGACUACCAGGUGUCGCUGCAAUCAUUGGAGCGAUCGACUGGCUUGACAUUCUUCCCACGUCUGGCAACUCAAGCACUGUUACCAAUGUGUGAUACGAUCGAUUGUAAGAUGAUGACUGAGCGCGAGCUUGAUAUAUGGAACAUUCCAAGACGUAUUGGUUGGAGCAAGAACAGGCAUGAAUUGGAUCGAGUGAUGGACGACUGUAAAAAGAAGGACAUUGACAUUGAUGACAACAUCAAUCAACUUUACCAGAGCAAGUUACGCGAGUUGGAUGACCAUCAAAUUAGUUCCCCAACUAAUUCAAAGUCUUCUUCUUGA